AUGAUGCGACGUCCUCUUCCACUGACAUUCGAAGAUCGAACGGCCCAAUUAACCAACACCGACUUCGACGAGCUGUACGACAGGCUGUUCUUUCAUGUUAUGCGGUCACCUGGCUCCAAUAUUACAAGAAUAUACGACAUGGUCAUUCGGGCGUCUCGCUACCGCAGCACGCUCCCGCUGAACCGCGACCCUAUUAUCGAACUCGAAUUUUUACCCAACGAAUCGCUUGGUACGAUAUCGUUCCUCAAGGGACCCUACCAGGGGAGCAUACAUAUGGGGCGGUACCUAAGGAAGACGGCUUUCUUUGGAACAUCGCUGUCAAGGAAGUUCAUGGCCUCUGAUGGAAGGGAGUAUAAAUGGGGCUACAGGACGAACCCGGGGCAAGAGUGGACGUGCACGACCAUGGACAAUACGCUGGUUGCCCAUUACGACCUCAAAAAUCCCAACCAUCGAUUCUACGAUGUCUCGGGAAAUAACCUCAUCGUGUAUGAACCGUGGGCACAUAUCGUUUCUGAAAUUAUUGCUUCGUGCAUUAUUAUGCGCCACAUAGCUCAAUUCAACCUCUGA